AUGGAGGAAGUUCAUAGAAAAACAGUCCUCGAAGGUCGAGCUGCUCUUCUAAGAACCAACGAAUGUUUAAAUCGUACCCAGCAAACGGCUCUGGAAACUGAAGAAAUCGGUACUAAUAUCGUACAAGAGUUGGAUUCACAAAGAGAGUCGCUCCUCAGAGCUCGAGAUAGAUUGGUGAACACAGAUUUCGAAUUAACUAGAACCCAACAGAUACUGAGAAUGGCCCAACGUAACGUUUUUACCAAUAAAUUACUGCUUAUAUUGAUAAUUAUAAUGGAAGUUUGUAUCUUAGGGUUCCUUCUGUACUUCAAAUUUGUCCAUAAGUCAUCGUAA